GCCGGCUGUGAACGGGCCCUCCGCCGGGGCAGAGCCUCCUCAGCGGAUCGUCGGAGACUACCAGCAGCGUCGAGCCCCGCUGGCGGCCGGCGAGACGGGGCCGGGCGCGGGCGGCGAGUUGGACGGGUGGCGCGUGAACGGCACUCACAGGGAGGAGACGGGCCGGGCCGGCGCUGACAGGCGGCUGGCCAGGCCCACCGCGCGGGACCUGCUCGACCCGCGCCGACUGCCCGAGGCGAUCACGUGUCCGGACGCGAUGCCAAGCCGGUCUGCAGACGUUGGAGACGAACGCACCGCGAUGCUGCUGCACCUGAGGCAGCUGGACCUGGCGCUGGCCCGGCCCACCCCACCGGGUCUCAUUCGGUCGGAGUCAGCGCCGUCGUCGGCAGCGGCACACUCGGUGACGGACGACACGCCGUCACCGGUGCGGUCACCGGUCGGUUCUGCUCCCCUGACCCCGUUAAGCCCCGAGGCGCUACUCCUGACGCAGUUCUGGCAGGAGCUCAGCCCCGAUCAGGGCCUGAACGGCCUUCCUGACGUGCAGGACAUCAGACGCAGGAAGAGCGAGCUGUUGUCUCGCAUAUCGAGCCGGCUCGCCGGCCUGCGGGAGGCGCAGCGCGCCGUCGAGGACGAGACCGCGACGAACGCGGCGCUGGGUGCGGCCGUCGCGGCGCGUGUCGAGCAGCUGGCGCGGCCGUCGGAGGCGGCUCGCUUCCGCACGUGCGUCGAACAGAUCGGCACCAUCACCAGACUGCUGCUGGGGCUGGGCGGACGGCUGGCGCGCGCGCAGGCCACGCUCGCAGCGCUGCCUGAAAGCUGCGUCGAGGAGAAGGCCCACCUGACCAACAAGCGAGACAAACUGCGCAGCCAGCUGGGGGAGGCGCGCGUGCUGGAGGAGGAAGUUAGCCAUCGGCGCCGCCAGGUGGACACCUGUCUGGAGCGGUAUCUCAGCGCGGACGAGCUUGCCGAGUAUCAGCACUUCGUGCAGAUGAAGGCUAAGCUGAUUGUGGACGCGCGCGAAAUCGAGGACAAAAUACGGGUCGGCGAAGAGCAGUUGGCGGCGUUAACGCGAGCGGCGGGCGCCGUGUGACCAUGCUUGGUGCCAUCUAACGGGCGAUGUUAUUACUGCUGGUGUGUGGGGUCCCCGAGUGUGCGCUAUGCGUGUGACGCGCCCCACUCAAUUGUGACGGCCUUCUCCUCGGGAUAAAAGCGGGUGUGUUAACGGAGCAAGGCCUAGUCAAACGAUGAUGAAAUUAAGUGGGAGAUUGAGGCGCUGAGUAACGUGUGAACGUUUUUUUACGCUGAUGUUGGUAACCUGUGAAGGUUUUUCAGGCAGAUGUUAAGUAACGUAUGAACGUUUUUCACGCAGAUGUUAGGUGAUGUUUGAAUAUGUUUUCACGCAGAUGUUAAGUAACGUGUUAAUUUUUUGACGUAGAUGGUCGUGUUUGGUUUUUAAAGGCUUGGUCACCUGCAUUGCUACAAGAUGCACUGCACUGCCAUUCGUGCCUAAACAAUACUAGUUUCGGCAUCUUCAGCUUUGCAGAUGCCGAAGGUGCCCCCUUGCCGACAUGAUCAUUGUUACCCAGUGCAAGCAUGCAUUCAGAAUGCCGACUCCGCACGGUUAAAAUAUGACGGGUACUGAGUGAUUUUUCAUGCCUUGAAAUAAACCGACUUAACAUCCAACACCUAUGUUGUGAUACUUUUCUUGAUUACAGGUUCCGGUGAUGUGUAUGUAUCUGUGCGUGGUUCUUGAUCCACUUGAACGAGCUUGCAGUUAUCCCUCCCUAUACAUUCGAUGCAAUAUAUAUAUAUAUAUAUAUAUAUAUAUAUAUAUAUAUAUAUAUAAUAUAUAU